AAAAGCUUUCCAUAAAUCAAAAUCACAUCUUUCUACUUCUCCCAAAUCGGAAUCACUUACAUUGAAACCCUAGAAUCAUGGCAACCACACCGGCAAUGCAAACGACGUUCGUGUCAUCGACGAGCUUUCUGAAACAAGCGAGACCUUCUUCUUCGUGGGGAUCAUCAUCACCGAACAAUGUGAUUCUUCCCAAAAACAAGAGAUCUUCUUCUUCCUCCGUAGUUGUCGCCGCCGUCGGUGAUGUCUCUUCUGACGGAACUAUCUACUUGAUCGGAGGAGCCAUCGCUGUUGCUCUGGUCGGAACUGCAUUCCCGAUCCUCUUCAAACGCCAAGACACGUGUCCGGAAUGUGACGGAGCAGGAUUUGUGAGAAAGGGAAGAGCCACUCUGAGGGCGAAUGCGGCACGCAAGGAUCUUCCUCAGAUCGUUUGCGCAAACUGCAAUGGACUCGGAAAGCUUAACCAGAUUGACAAAUCAUCCUAAUUAUUAUUAUUAUUAUUAUUAUUAUUAUUUUUUUUUUGGACAAAGACAAAUCAUAAUAAUUAUAUACCUAUCUCCUGUUUCUCUUAAAAGACGAUUGUAAAAGAUUGAUCAAAGCUUUUCUGAUUGAUACUUGAAAGAGAAUACAACUUGCUCCUUA